GGAGGGGGAGGGGAAGAGUGGAGGAGGAGGAGGAGGUGGACGGGGCACUAGGGAAAGAGGAGAGGGAAGAGGAGGAGGGAUAGGAGGUUGUAGCAGUAGGAGGAGGAGGAGGAGGAGGGGCAGACGGAGGCAUCACAAGGGAAAACGGAACCUCGCGCCUGCUCCGUGUGUCUGACGUGCGGCCCAGCUGAUGGUGACGGGAGGCGAGGAGGGCGGGCAGCAGACGACGUGAGGGGGCCCGCGAGCCGCCUGCCAGGGAACGAAACAGCUUCCCCGACCCUGCCGCGCCUCAGUCUGGUCCUAUCGCCUCCUCGGUGUUCACUCCCUCCCUCUCUCUCCCUCUCUCUCCGUCUGUCCUUCCGUCUUGGGUGUUUGUUAGCGAAGGAGUGUGUUUGUGAAGGUGAUCUUUCGAGGUAAACAGCCAUGGCCACCACCGCCGCCACCUCAGCUAUCUACAGUCAGGUCUUUAAGAAAAAGUUGGCCGACGCGCUGCGGGUGGGCACGGGCGGCGGCCUCUGCUUCUGCGGCAUUAACGUUUACUUCAAGAACGACAAAUUCUACGACGACUGGGUGAUGCCGCUCUUCGGCCGCCUCGAGCCGGAGACGGCGUACGCGGUGGCGCAGAAGGCGGCCAAGUACAACCUGGUGUCCAAGGAGAAGCUGCAGCAGUCCAGACUACUGGUGAGUACCCAGCCGCUGGCGGGCGGCGGCUUGGAUCACGAGAAGACGCCCUUGCAGGACGAAGAGUCGAGUGUGUCGUUUGAGUGCGUGGAGUUCACAAGCCCGAGGAGGACCUGAUGGGCGCCCAAGGGGAUGCGGGGCGGCCGGGCGGCGGCGCUGUCUGCGAGGCGUCGCCUUCCAAAGCCUACGAUUCAGAGUUUGAGGUGGACGAGUCGUGCCUUGAGAUCUGCAUAGAGGACGAGGGCGGGUCGCUGCACCGCGAGGUUGGCACGUGCGAGGAGUGCCGCGCCUGCCCCCCCCACGGCACCGGAGAGCCCUGCUGCAGCAGCCACGGCGUGGGGCGCGUGCCCUCGCGGCGGUACCUGAGCGAGGCGGGUUACCCCAGCAGCGACCUGUCGUGCUGCGGGUCGCCGCGCGCUGAGAGGAACUGCGUCACGCCGGACUCGCCGUCCCUCAGCAUGCGCGUGAACAUCGCGUCGCCGCUCCGCAGCAGCAAGAUGUCCCUCGCCACCAUGAUCGACGGCACCAACCCGAACUAUGACCGCGACCACCUGGACGAGGAGGACGAGCUGCCGCUGGUGGACGAGGAGGACGCCGCCCCCGAGAACAACGUUCGCGAGGACCAGCGGCACAAACAGGCGAAGGACAAGGAUGACGAGGAUGACUAUGACGAUGACGAUGACGAGCUAAGGACACACGAGGCCCUGCUGCCCCCCGAGGACGAGGCCCCCUGUGGCUUCCGCGAGGGCGUGGUGGCAGUGGCACAUGACACCGUGCUCGUGGCCUCCAGCUAGACACACACACGUGGCGCCCCGCAACACACACACACACACACACACACAAACACACACACAUAUACACACACACACACACACACACCAAUCUCGCCACACUCGCACACACACUGAGUACUUACUAACUUUUGACUGACUUGCUGGCGUGCAUCUCGACAUAUCACACCAUCUUAUCGACUUCUUUUCCUGAUCCAUACCGGGAUUUCAUGGUUUUUCUCUUUCACGGUUUUUAUAUACGCAUUGGAAGCGCCUCGGCCAGCGUACAGGGUGCCCCGAGAAGGACAAGAGAAGAGGAGGAGGAGGCAGGAGGAGUCGGAGCCUAGGAGGAGUGUAGGAGUAGCUGUGAUGCAGUAUUAUAAUAGAAUGACCUUGUUUUGUGACGUAGACUACCUUGUGUAUACUACUAGUCUGGCCUUAGUGGUGUGUGUGUGUGUGUGUGUGUGUGUGUGUGUGUGUGUGUGUGUAAAAGUGAGAGGAUUAAAUUUAUAUAAAUGUCUUAAAUCAUUCGUUGUAUCAGAAUUUUAAAAAAAGUAGUAUUAUGAUUGUUGAAGUGUGUGUGUGUGUGUGUGUGUGUGUGUGUGUGUGUGUGUGUUCUUGCCCUGAAAGAAUAGUAUUAAUAGUGACCAUGAAACCUCUACAAUGUGCAAGCAAAAGUUGGCGGAUGAAGAGAAAAAGAAAGAGGAAGAGAGAAGGAGAAGGAGGAGGAGGAGGAGGAGGAGGAGGAGGAGGCAUCACAGGUGUACAGCCGUGCGUGGGCCACCCUGUUUCGCACCUGCCCGCCGCCACCUAUCUGCUGGUAACCAAGCUUUAAAAAUACAAGAAAAUAAAAUGAAAAUAAAAAAGGAAAAAAAAAAGAAGACAACAAAUAUUAUCUGCAAGGACGUGAAUGUGACGCUUAUUUUUCUACUUUACACCGAUAUGCAAAAAAAAAACCUUGACAUACAGAAGCAAAAAUAAGAUAAAAAAUAAAAGAAAAUACAUGCAAACAGAGAUACACAAAACAUGACAAAAAAAGAAUUAUAAAUAUCUGUACAUAAUAUUUAUAGCGAUAAGGGGAAGGAAAUAGACUGAAGGGAUUUUUUUUGUCGGUAAAGAGAAGAUUUUACAAAUAUUGAUAAUAUAUACGUAUAAAAAUGACGACGAUUAUUCCGAUAGCAAGAUAUAGCGUUUUAUUUUUUUUUAUUUUUCCUUAGAUUAUUAAUUUUAACAAGCUUGAUUUUUUUUUUUUUUUGUGUGUGUAUUUCUUGUUAUUAUUUUCCAGCAUGAGUAUUUUUCUAUCCUUGUUUCUACUGCACUCUUCAACACAUUAUCACUAUUAUUAUCAUUAUUAGGUGUUUUCAUUAUAUUUUACUAACUAGCAUUUUUUGCCGCUCCUUUUUCCUAGUUCUUUGUUUUUUAUCGCAGGAUUUUCAGAGCUCUUUUAAUUGACUUUUUUUUUCCUAACUACGAUUUUUUUU